AGCAGGAUGCCAGCUGCUUCCAUUACCCAGCAACCCAGGAAUGCAGUAAAGCGUGAACAUCUGAGGAUGUGCCCUCAGGGUCCGACUUGUUGUACCACCACCAUGGAGGAGAACCUGGCGGGUCUCAGCAGCAGAGAAACAGAGGGACUGAUCAGAGAGGCCGGCAGGUCGCUGCAGUCCGCCUUCAAUGCUCUCCACAGGAGUUUUGACACCUACUUCACUGAGCUGCACGGCAGCUCUGAGCGCUCCCUGCAGGAGGUGCUGUCUCCACUCGGCCCCCUGUACUCCCAGAACACGCGUCUCUACGCAGAUCUCUACACCGACCUGCGACAGUACUACAGGGGCUCCGCUCUCAACCUGGACGAGACCCUCACUGAGUUCUGGUCCCAACUCCUGGAGCGCACCUUUAAAAUCUCUGCUCCUACAGAUGUCACCCUGUCAGACGACUAUCUUGAAUGUGUUGCUAAGCAACAGGAGACGCUGCGGCCAUUUGGUGACGUCCCGCGAGACAUGAAGGCGAAGCUGAUCCGUGCUUUUGUCACAGCCAGGUCGUUUGUCCAGGGGCUGAUCAUCAGCGGAGAGGUGGUCAGGAAGGUCUCCCAGGUUCAUCUGAGUCCAGACUGUACGAAGGCCCUGAUGAAACUGGUGUACUGCCCCCACUGCCGCGGCACGGCCUCCCUCAAACCCUGCUCCAACUACUGCUCCAACGUCAUGAAGGGCUGCCUGGCCAACCAAGCUGAUCUGGACCCGGAGUGGCAGAACCUUAUAG